AUGUUUCCAUUCGGAGCAGCAGUAUUCGAUGAAUAUAAAAAUCUUAAAUCGUUAACAGUUAUUGAUAUACCAUAUAAAUAUUCACAAUGUUUAUCAUCCAUGAAACCAAUUAAAACGUUGACAUAUUUGAAAAUGGAAUUCUUUCAUGAAAAUUAUAUUUAUUCAUCAGAAGUAUGUACUGUUCUAUUACAAGAGGACAGUCAACUCGAAACACUAAUUAUUACUGGUCGAUCAAUUAGAUUAAGUGGUGCUAUCGCAAUUGGAUCAUCACCAAAACUUAAAACAUUAAUUAUCAUUUUGGAACAUCAACAAGAUCUACUAUUACUACUAAGACAUUUACCGUUAAUAGAAUAUUUAGAUGUGACGAUUGCACAGGAAACGACGAGACAUGAUGUUUACGAUGUGGCAAACGAUGGUAGUUAUUCAAAACAAUUGAAAACAUUUAUUAUUCAAACAUCCGGCAAUUCCAGUGCCAUUAAUUUCCAUUUGCUGGAAGUUUUAUUAGAACACUUUGAAUAUAGCCUUGAAUAUUUAGCUGUAUAUUGUACGUGUGACGGUUUAAUUGAUGGCCAACAGUUAUUAUCAGCAACUCGUUCAAACUUAAAACAACUUAAUUUCUUUCUUCAUUUUGAUCGCAAUAUGAAACCGUAUAAUCUACUCGACUAUUUAUCGACAUUUAAAGAAGCAACAACACCUAUUACAUAUUACUAUAAUACUUCUUGUCAACACUUUUUCCUGUUUAAUACCUCAAUGAAUAAGGCUCGCAUGAUAGCAGCACAAAUUAAUCUACAACAUCUGCUAAUUGAUACUGAACAAAUUUAA